AUGUCGACCACACACCUCACAGUCCACGACCUUCUUCGCAUAACAUACGCCUAUGAAAUGCGUGCCCUCGAAGCACAAGCACGUAUGCAGACAAGAUCGCGCUCGGAUUCAGCUUGCUCGAUGCCAGAAGUAUGUGCACACUUCUCACCACCCACACCAUCCUCACCAGAACACGCAAUCCUCGAAACCGACUUCACCGAACUCUACUGUCGGAAGAGUCGUCGCGCUUGA